UAAAACUAACUUGCUCGGACAGCUAAAAUCGCGCCAGCCAUUGAACUAAUCGCCAUUGCUUGUCAAUCUCUCUCUCUCUCUCUCUCUCUCUUUCUGAAGACCAAAAACCCUGAUCAUGUCCUUCCUCUGUGACUGUCCAAACCCCUAACAGAAUCGGAAUCUGAACUUAACAUAUAGAGAAAAUCAAAACGACAAUGUCCCUUACCACUCAUCACCUCUUUGGAAACUCUCCUUCUCGGAUCACCUUCUACUUCACUACUCCCAUUAGCCUGUCUCUUCAAAACCCUAAUAUCUCUCCUCGAAUCCUCUCCCGCCACCUCGCCACUUCCUUCCAUUGCCAAACUUUUCGCUACAAACCCAAAAGUUCUUUAAAUUUCACCUUAAAAUCCAAUAGUUUUCCUCUCAAAGCCUAUCAAUACGAUGGCGUAGUACCAACACCGAGCUCUGAUGGUUUCAAUCUCGAUGCUUUUCUCUCAAUUGCUGAAAUUUUAUGUAUUAUCUCAUCGGCGGUUGUUACAGUCUGUUAUGCGGUGAAUUCUACAUUUUUGAGCUCGAAAAGGACGGUGUUUGCGGUGAUUGGGAGUAAUAGGGCGUUGGCUUGGGGAUUGGUGGUGAUGAUGGGUGGUGUAUUGAUUGGAGCUUUGAUUAGGAAGCGGCAAUGGCUGCGAUUUUGUAGGGUAACGGUUAGGGAGGGCCGGGAGAGUGUGAAUUUGGUGGAGAGGAUUGAAAAAUUGGAAGAAGAUUUAAGGAGCUCUGCUACAAUAAUUCGAGUUUUGUCCAGGCAGCUUGAGAAGUUGGGGAUUCGAUUUCGGGUUACAAGGAAAGCUUUGAAAGAGCCCAUUGCUGAGACUGCAGCUUUGGCAAAAAAAAAUUCUGAGGCCACUCGAGCACUAGCGAUGCAGGAAGAUAUCCUAGAAAAGGAGCUUGGUGAAAUUCAGAAAGUUUUGUUGGCAAUGCAGGAACAACAAGAGAAACAACUAGAGCUGAUUCUUGCAAUUGGAAAGAGUGGGAAGUUAUGGGAAAGCAGGCAGGAACCAAGCCAACAACAAGGCUUGAAUGAAACAUCUGAAUUGACCAAGGGAGCAAAACAGUCAGAAACCCACAAAGUUCAAUCUUCUAAUUCAAUCAAGGGAAUCAACAAUGACAGACCUUAGAAAUGUUAAAGCAGUAAAUAUUCAUUGGAUACUUAUGUCUUGUUCACUUAAUGAGGUCACUUUACUUGAUCCUUUUCUUCGCACGCAGGUUCUUUAAAAAUCAUCCAGAAGAAGUUCCCCAGUUCUUGCUCUGAAGAAUCUGCUGUGUUUGAAAUACAAACAACAGAGGACUAAUAAAUUGGAAGGCAAUUGCUUUGUACAAUUGAGAAAAUUUCUCCUUGUCUCAUACCUGUAUUUGCAAUUUUGAGGUUUUGUAUUUGAUGUUCAAUUUCCCCUUCUGUCAAUAGCGAUAAACAAUCUUGUUUUUAUCCAAUGUUGUAAUGAUACAUGUGACUGGGAGAUGCAUUCAGAAAUAUGUAUUCGGGCCAAACAAGAAGCAAUAUUAAUCUCAAA